AUUGUGCCACUGCACUCCAUCCUGGGUGACAGAUCAAGACUCCACAUCAAAAUAAAAACCAAAAUAAAGAAUGUCCAUUAUCUAUACUGGAAAAACUGAGAUUUGCAUUUUGACAUGAAGUGUGGAAAUGCGGCUCAGGUCCAUUUAGUUUACCUAAACAGAUGAUGAAAUACUGUUUUAUGAAGCAUUCCCGAGUGCAGAGUUCUGCCUGUGUCUGUAAUGAUGGGAACAGUGAGAAUGAGGCUUGGAACAUGGAGCACACUGUGGGCCUGUGGCGGGUGGGACCAGCGACACAUACAUGCCUGGCUCACAGAGCAACCUUUGGGUGUUCUUUUCCAGAGGAGCUCUACGGUGACUUUGAAGACUUGGAAACAGGGGAUGUGCACAAGGGAAAAUCAGGCCCCAUUACUCAGAAUGAAGAUAUAGAGAAAGAAGUUAAGGAAGAAAUUGACCCCAAUGAAGAGUAAAGUGCCAAGAAAAAGCAUUUGGAUAAGAAGAGAAAAUUGAAGGAGAUGUUUGAUGCAGAAUAUGAUGAAGGAGAAAGCACAUAUUUUGAUGAUCUUAAAGGAGAAA